CACCCAGUCGGUACUGUUCUGGCCCCCCUCACCUCUGUCGCGUGCCCCUCUUCGUCGACAGCAGCAACACCAGAACUUGACCCGACAUAACACUAGGAACACUCGACUCCAGAGAAGCAACCAACACAAUAUAUAGCAUGGCGUCGUCAGAUAUUCUGGUUUCCUUCAUGGGGGCCGUCCAGGCCGCCAUAUCCGUACUUAUAACCAUCUGGAUCGGUGUCCUUGCUGCUCAGUUCGACCUCAUUGACGACGGUGCUGCCAAACGUCUGUCGUCUAUGUGUGUCACCAUCUUCCUGCCUUUGUUACUGGUAGCAAACCUGGGAAAGCAGCUCGAUUCUGCUACUGCCAUGCAUUACCUUCCCAUCGUUGUUUGGUCCCUCAUUUUCGUCAUCCUGUCCAUCAUCGUAGGCAAGCUAUCCGUCCGCCUCUUCAAGAUGCCAGCAUGGACCACUCCCGCCCUAGCCUUCAACAACUCGACCUCGCUGCCUCUCCUCCUCAUCCAAGCCCUUGAUGCCGCCGGAGUCCUCAAGAACCUGACCGACGACCCCGACGUAGUCGAAAAGGCGCGCUCCUACUUCCUCGUCUGCGCCGUCAUCAGCAACACCCUAACCUUUGGCUACGGUCCUGCACUCCUCGAGCAAGACGACGGCGGCCAAACCGAUAGUGACCCCGAAUCUGGACGGGACUCGGGCGAAGAAGACGGAGACAAUGGAUCCGGAAGCAGCGGCAGCUCUGGUCCCUCCGAGACGACCUCGCUCCUCCCCAAGAAAGCCGUACGCUUCGCAAAGACCACAACCAGACACAUCGAGAACGCGCAGAACAAGACUUACAAUGCUCUGCCUGGCCCCCUCCAAAAGGCCGUCAGCUGGAUCGCGCCCUUCUUCAACCCUCCGGCCCUGGGAGCGUCGACUGGUGUUUUGAUCGGCUUGGUGCCUGCUCUGCACCGCAUGUUCUUCAACGACUCACAAGAGGGUGGGUACUUCAAGGCGUGGCUUACCACCCCUAUCAAGAACACUGGCGAGCUGUUUGUUACCCUCCAGGUUAUUAUUGUGGGCGUCAAGCUCAGUCUGAGUCUGCGGAAGAUGAAGGAAGGCGAUGAAGGAGGACGCGUGCCGUGGCCUAGCAUCGUGUUUAUCCUCGCUUGGAGAUUCUUGGUGAUGCCGGCGCUGAGUAUCCCUAUCAUUUGGGUGCUGGCCAAGAAGACGGGUCUCCUGUUUGAUGACCCCGUGCUGUGGUUCACCAUGAUGAUGAUGCCUAUUGGCCCGCCUGCUAUGAGGUUGGUGGCGCUCGCUGAUGUCAAUAACCUUCCUCAACAGGCCAAGAUGGCGACCGCCAAGCUUCUUACUAUUUCUUACAUUGCUACUCCGCUGAUUGCCUUCUCUGUCGUUGGUGCGCUCAGAGCAGCCCAGAAUGUUUCGGAUGCGUAGUAGAUGUGCAAGGUGUUGGUAUUAAAACAUACUUGAAAGGGGGUAUAGACUCUAUGAUACAUGAAGCGAAGAUAGUACUGAAACGUUCUUAGACGCAUUAGACAAUGUUCAAGCGAGCGGUCAGCAAUUGCCCCGAAAGCAAGCUUUACAUGACUGUACAGAUCGAGGACUGAGACUGCUCCUGCUCAUCCCGAGGC